AUGUCACAUCUUCUGGUAGAUGAUACAUCAGGAGACCGACCAGUUAGAGACACAGAUUCCAUACCUCUGAGGAUGCCAGCCUGGAAAGGUAAGAACAUAAAAACUCAACCAUCCCUGAGCACGAUGAGCAGGGAAGAACUGGAGGACAGUUUCUUACGACUUCAUGACAAGCACAUGAUGGUGAAGGCGUUUUCUUGGAAGCAACAGGAUGAGAUCAAAAGGUACCUCAAAACGGCCUUGCUCCGGUUGACCGCUGUUGAUGGUGACCUGCGGGCCCAGGCGGCGGCGGCGCAGCUCCCAGAACCCGCAAGGCGGCGGCGGAACGCGGAGUGGCUGCAGCGCCCCGCGACACAGCAACGCCCCCGGAUGCCCGGGCUGCAGCGGCAGGUCCAGCGGGCCCGACUGUCUUCUCCCAGACGCGACCACGUGGCGCGCAGACAGCUCCACACUGCUGGAGCGCUGGUGCCAGAGAAACCCAAGACAGGGCCAAGAGAGAGGCUGAGCUACACAGCCCCUCCCACAUUCAAGGAGCAUGUGACAAAUGAAAAAACCGGAGCUGAAAUAUCCUGUGAACCCAGCAAACUUGUUUCUAAUUCUAACAGUACAAUUUCUUUCAACAAAGCCAUAAUUACAACUAAACUCACUGGCCUAUGCAUGUGUCCUAACAGUGCCCACGUUAUGACCAGCGAUACUAUGCAAGUGGAAGAACCACCCAAGUCUCCUGAAAAAAUGUGGUCCAAAGAUGAAGAUUUUGAACAGAGAAGCUCACUGGAGCAUGCUCAGAAGGCCACAGAGCUUCGAGCUUCCAUUAGGGAGAAUAUAGAGCUGAUUCGACUUAAGAAGCUCUUACAUGAAAAGAAUGUCUCACUGGUAGCAACAAAAACUCAACUAACAGAAGUUCAAGAGGCAUAUGAAACCCUGCUCCAGAAGAAUCAGGGAAUUCUGAGUGCAGCCCAUGAUGCUCUCCUUGGUCAAGUGAAUGAGCUCAGGGCAGAGCUGAAGGAGGAAAGCAAAAAAGCUGUGAACUUGAAGACCCAACUGGAAGAUGUAGCUGUCCUGCAGGUGACUCUGAAGGAGUUUCAGGAGAGAGUUGAAGAUUUGGAAAAAGAACGAAAAUUGCUGAAUGACAAUUAUGACAAACUCUUAGAAAACAUGCUGGACAGCAGUACUCUGCCUCAAUGGGGCAAUGAGCUCAUAGGAGAACAGCUACAGGAGAAAGUCUCUCAGUUGCAGGAUCAGCUGAAUGCUGAGCUGGAGGAGAAGAGAAAAAUGUUACUUCAGUUGGACAGAGAAAAAGCCCAAAACCAGGAUCUGAAGCUUGAAGUCACCAACUUGAUUCUGAAGCAUCAACAGGAGAUAGAGAGCCUUCAAAAGAAAAACACAAUUUCCCAGUCUCCUGGAGGGCAAUCAGAACCAGCCACUCACCCAACUCUAUUCCAAGAGGCUGCUCAGAUAGAGCCCUAUGAAUCAAGAAACCAAGAAGAACAGAAACUGUCCCAGAUGUUAAGCGAAUUGCAAGCAUCACAUGCAGAGACCACGUUGGAACUAGACAAGACCAGAGACAUGCUUCUUCUGCAGAGCAAAAUCAACGAGUGUUAUAAGGAGGAACUGGAGGCAUUGAUGACAAAAGCUGAUAAUGAAAAGAAAGAUAACAAAGAGAAACUGGAGAGGUUGAAUCAACUUCUAGACCUCAAGAACAAUCGUAUCAAGCAGCUGGAAGGUAUUUUAAGAAGCCAUGGCCUUCCAACAUCUGAACAGCUCAAAGAUGUGGCUUAUGGCACCCAACAAUUGUCGUUAUGUCUGGAAACAUUACCAGCCAAUAGUGAUGAGGAUAAAGUAGACAUUUCUCUGCUGCAUCAAAGUGAAAAUCUUUUUGAACUGCACCUCCACCAAGCCUUCCUGACAUCUGCUGCCCUGGCUCAGGCUGGAGAUACCCAACCUACUACUUUUUGCACGUAUUCCUUCUAUGAUUUUGAAACUCACUGUACCCCACUAGCUGUGGGGCCACAGCCCCACUAUGACUUCACGUCCCAGUACGUGGUGGAGAUAGACUCCCUUUUCUUGCACUACCUUCAAGGGGCUUCAGCCCGGCUUGAUCUUCACCAGGCUGUGGCCAGUGAGCACCACACCCUUGCAGCCAGUUGGAUUUGCUUUGACAGGGUUCUGGACACUGUGGAGAGAGUCCAUGGCUCUACCACACUUACUGGAGCUGGUGGAGAAGACUUUGGAGUGUUAGAGUAUUGGAUGAGGCUUCGCUUCCCUAUAAGAUGCAGCCUACAGGCAGGCAGUAAACGAAAGAAAGCCCAGACCUACCUGUCAGCUAAUGUGCUUGGAGCCUGGGAGGCCCAGAAGGAUGAGGAGUCCAGAUCAGAGGCUUGGAAGCAUCAGAAUGAGCUGUGGGUGGAGAUCAUCAGGUGUUGUGGCCUCCGGAGUCAACGGCUGGGAACUCAACCCAGUCCAUAUGCCAUGUACCGCUUCUUCACCUUUGCUGACCAUGACACUGCCAUCGUUCCAGCCAGUAACAAUCCCUACUUUAAAGACCAGGCUCGAUUUCCAGUGCUUGUGACCUCUGACCUGAAUCAGUAUCUGAGGCGGGAAGACCUACUUGUGUAUGUGUUUGAUGAUGAAGACUCAGAGCCUGGCUCGUACCUUGGCCAAGUCCAAGUGCCCUUGCUGCCUCUUGCACAAAACAAAUCUAUUAAAGGUGAUUUUAACCUCACUGACUCUGAGGGGAAACCCAAUGGAUCUAUUCAGAUGAAACUGAAUUGGAAGUCUCACUACCUGCCCCCUGAAAACUUCCUGAAACCAGAAGCUCAUACUGAGGAGAAUGACAUCAAGGACAGUUUAGACACCUUAUCUGAAGAGGAAAUGGCUUCCUUUCCUCCCCAGGACCAGAUGGCAUCUGUUGAGAUUCCCAUUGAAGCUGGCCAGUAUCACAUACAGAGAAAACCUCCUCAGAUGGGAGAAAGAAAGGAAAAGCAACACCAGAUUGAGAGCUACUCAAGACGAAAACAUGGCAAAAGAGCAGGCAUCCAAGGAAAGAACAGAAUGGAGUACCUUAGUCGUAGCAUCUUUAGUGGAAGUGUACUACAGCAGAUGAACUACACUGAGUGGAAAUUCUCGGGGCUUAAAGUCUCCAUGGAUGAUGAUUUAAAAACAAAUCAGCAAAAGGAAGAGGCUAUGACAUCAGCCUGCUCAGUAUUGAAAGAGAAGGAACAUCCUGUAAAUGGUAAAGAAUCCUGUGAAGAAGCUUCUGAAGUCAGUGAAACACUAACUACAGAUAGCGAUGACGUCAUAGUGACGCCCAUAUUUCAAAAAUAUCCUAAGGCAGAUUCAGAGAAGAUGUGCAUUGAAAUUGUCUCCCUGGCCUUCCACCCAGAGGCUGAAGUGAUGUCUGAUGAGAAUAUAAAACAGGUGUACGUGGAGUACAAAUUCUAUGAUCUACCCUUGUUGGAGACAGAGACUCCAGUAUCCCUGAGGAAGCCGAGGGCAGGAGAAGAGAUUCACUUCCAUUUUAGCAAGGUGAUAGACCUGGACCCACUGGAGCAAAAAGGUCGAAGGCAAUUUCUGUUCACCAUGUUGAAUGGACAAGAUCCUGAGCAAGGAUAUUUGAAGUUUACAGUGGUAAGUGACCCUAUGGAUGACGAAAAGAAUGAAUGUCAAGAAGUAGGAUAUGCAUAUAUUGAACUGUGGCAGAUCCUGGAAUCAGGAAGAGACAUUCUACAGCAAGAGCUAGACAUUGUCAGCCCCAAAGACCAAGUCACCCCAAUAGGAACGCUGAAGGUUUCCCUACAAGCUGCUGCUGCCCUCCAUGCUAUUUACAAGGAGAUGACUGAAGAUUUGUUUUUGUGAUGGAACAAGUACUAUUCCAUUCUAAAAUCUGAGGGAACCAUAGUAAAAGUUUCUUAUAAAGUAACUUGCUAUACCAUGAAUUUGGUCUGUGUGAUGUCUAGUAUCUCUCUUAAGAAUGAAAGCUUAGAAUGAUGAAAGUUAUCUUUGUGAU